AUGGAUGCCGUGGGACAAUCUAUGCCACACCUACUCCAGCUCGCUUCGAGGCAUGUGCCCGGCACCAAAUCUCCCCAAGAGUUCGCAAAGGAAGGCCGAUACGACUAUGUUCCAUCAUUCGCCGCGGCGGUCGUCUUUCUUGUGCUGUUUGGCAUUGCGAUGAUAACAAACCUGGGCCAGAUGUUCUGGCACCGAUCUUGGUUUUGGUGGUCGAUGAACUUUGCGGUCGCCAUGGAGUUUGUGGGAUAUCUGACUCGAGCUAUUUCCAUAAAAAAUCUUGAUGGCAGGAGCGUCUUCAUUGUCCAAACUGUUAUGAUUCUCGUCGCGCCCGCUGUGAUGGCGGCCGCGUGUUACCAGGCGUUCGGCCGAGUCGUGUUGUGGGUGGUCCCUCCACGCUUUCAGUCAGCUCGCCAUCUCUGGGUGCCUGCGCGCAGGAUCACUCCCGUCUUUGUAGGAUGUGAUGUCUUCAGCUUCUUCAUCCAGGUCAUCGGAGGCGCCAUGGUGGCCGGAGCAAACACGAUAGCACACGCAAACACAGGGAAGAACGUGGUGCUGGUCGGACUGGGGUUACAAUUGGCAUCAUUCGGGUUUUUCGUCUUGGCCAGCCUCCGACUCAACAUCCUGCUGAGGACGACACUCCGAGACGUUGCACUACCCAAAGAACGCAACUGGCAGUUGUUCUUGACGGUAAUCAACGUGGCCAAUAUAUUGAUUCUGAUUCGGACGCUGCUUCGCUUCAUUGAAUUCGCCUUGGGGACGAAGAAUUAUCUCAUCGAUCACGAGUGGUUCUUCUAUGCUUUUGAUUCGGCGCUGAUGUUCCUCGUGGUGGUCCUCUUCACUGUCUUCCACCCGGGCCAUUACUUGCCGUAUCUAGGGAUCAGAAGAAGGGAACAGCAAUUCUCGAGAAAUGCAGACAAGGGGCCUUUUGCGAAGCUCUCGCGAGGCCACAUGACGAUGGAACUGUCAUGA